AAUGAUGUAUAAUUCAGAGCCAGACCUCGGUUACACCCGCCUACACAUCACACCUUUUAGCCCCUCUCUCCUUACGACAAUCCUCCCCGCCUCCAUCCUCUCCAGUGCCCGCAACAUUAGCUACCACAGCCUGCAAACCUUCCCCGAGAAAUCCUACGGCUACAUCGACCUUCCAAUGGCAGACGCAGAGAAGAUAAAGAAAAAGCUUCACGGCGCGAUAUUGAAAGGCACAAAAGUGCGGAUUGAGAAGGCGCGCCCGGAGAAGGAGGACGUGGUUGAGGAGGAUGGGCCAGAGCGGGUGAAGAAGGAGGGGAAGAAGCGGAAGAGAGAUCAGUUGGAAGUGCCGGGGAUUGAUAUUGGGGAAAGACAUGUGAAGAGGGGGUGGACAACACCGAGCACGGAGAUAAAGGGGAAUGGAAAGGGGAAUGGAAAGGGGAAGGAGAAGGAGAAGGGGAAGGUGGCGAAGAGCAAGUUUACGACGGGCCCGGAGUGCUUGUUUAAGACUGUGCUGCCGCCGAAUAAAGUGGAGAAUGCGAAGGGGAAACUGAAGAAGAGUAAGGACAAGAAGAAAGGGAAGGAGACGCUGGUGCAUGAGUUUGAGCGGACAGUCAAGUACGCGACGUUUUUGAGGGCGCCGGGUGGGAAGAAGUCGAAGGGUGUGGUGGAGUUUGUGGAAGGGAAAGGGUGGGUUGAUGAGGAUGGGAAUGUGGUUGAGGUUGUGAAGAUGCGGAAGGGGCCUGCGGAGGUCGAAUUAAAGCCUGCGGCGAAGGAGGAAUUGGAGGUAGAGAGUUCGGAGGAGAGCUCAGACGAAGAAGCUGAUGAGAAGGAGGCUGAAUUGAAGAUACCCAACGAAGUCGGGCAUGAGAGCGAGGAUAACACAAGUGACGACAGUUUGUUUGAGGAGGAGUUAGAUUCUAAGGCCGUGGAAUCGAGCAUGUCAAGCACCAAAGUCGACGAAGAAAGCAGCGAGGAAAGUUCAAGUGAGGAAAGUUCAUCAGAGGAGCAAUGCGAUCACGUCAAGGUAACAGCAACUUCGCAAGCUACCAAAGCAGCUUCCACAUCGUCCGAGUCAUCAGAAGAAGAAUCAGUGGACGAGCCCGAAGAACUACAAUCCGCAAUUACAUCCCGCCCACAGUCAUCAUCCGGCGCAGGCUUGAGCAUCAAAAUCCCAGAAUCAAUGACCUCCACCCCAAUCGCAUCCUCCGUCCACCCUCUGGAAGCUCUCUACAAACAAAACCCCGAGGAACAACCCAAAGCCGGCCCCUCAUUCAGUUUCUUCGGAGACAACGACGAAGAAGACAUUGCGGGAGAAACUCAUCUUCAAGUCCCACUCACCCCUUUUACACAAAAAGAUUUCGAGUACCGUGGUAUCCGCAGCGCAGCCCCAACUCCAGACACCGCCCAUCCAAACAAGAGAUUUGUGUGGCCCACGGAUAAUGAUGACGAGGACGACGACGAAGAAGCAAGAUCACCAAUCCGCGAACCGAAAGGGAAACAAAAGGACACGGAGGCUGAGCCAGAGAGUGAUUUCCAGAAAUGGUUUUGGGAGAACAGAGGCGAUGUCAAUCGAGCAUGGAAGAAACGAAGGAAGGUUGUUGCAAAGGAGAAGAGGCAGAGGGAGAACAGGAAAGGACAGGACCGUGCAAUCUGAUGCAUCGUGAGGUCCUGCUAGCAUCGCAUAUUGUCAGAUUGAGGCGGAAACAAUGUACGUAAGCAAGUU